UCCGAAUUUUCCAUCAACUCUUUAAUACUUUUUUAUUUCACCACACAAGGUUGUUCGGUUCAGUUCACAUUUUGUUUGUCUAGAAUAAUUUCGGUAUUGGUCCAAUCUCGAAAGGCAAAAAAUUCAUCAAAUAGUUCGGGAAACUGCCCCUAAAUUUGAGCUUUUUUACGCAAAAUGACUUUCACAUACAAGGAACUAAUAGACGUGGCCAUUGGCUCUCCGGAAUCGGGACACGUUAACUUCUACGCUCUGCAUGUCCUGCUCACGUGCUUUGCCCAACGGUUGGAGGUCCUGGACGAGGUCGUCGAGCAGGAGGACUACAUGGUGGCCAAUGUGCGCAUGCAAAGCAGCUUAUUGACCGUGGCUAAUACAUCCAAGAUUCGUCUAUUUGCUGGUGCGGAUGCUGAAGAGGCAGCUGAGCCCGCAAAUGAGGAGCCUGCCGCGGAGGAGGCACCUGCUCCCCCACCAGCCGAAGAGGAACCUGCCGCCGAGGAACCAGCUGCAGCGGAACCAGCUCCAGCAGAACCCGCUCCGGCAGAACCCGCCCCUGCGGAACCAGCUCCUGAGGAACCCGCUCCAGCGGAACCGGCUGCCGGGGGCACUCCGGAACCAGUGGCCUCCGCCCACGAACCGACUCCGGCUCGAACUCCGGGCUCCGAGGAAGGGGUGGCGGCGGAGGGCUUGGCUGAGUCCCCGAAAGUCCAAGUGGACCCGGAUACCAAGGCAGAUGAGCUGGUUCCCCAGGCCUCACGAGUAUCCUCAAGGUCGUCCACUCGGGAUAAAUCGAACACUCGACUCGAUGGUUCGUUGAGCAACAACCUCACGCGACUGGAAAGACGUCUCUCGAAAAUGGAACUGCAAAAGGAGCAGGCUGCCAUGGAAAUGCAAUCGUUUGUGACCAAUCUAACUGGUCAACUGAAGAUCACCAUGGAGCAGGUGAACAAUGUGACCCACCUGCUGAUCGAUAAGAAACCCAAUCCGCAGAGGAUUAAGAUACUCCGCCACAUAGCCAAGCAAUUGAGGGUUUUGAUGGGAACCACCACUGGCAGUGAGGUCUCGAUCAGUUGGUCAAGUGGUGAAAUUGUGGGCGCGGAGGAGGAGGAGGGUCUCAUGGAGGAGGAAGUCUCCAUUGAAUCCUCUGCUCCCACGGAAGUGGAGAAGCCGGAGGAAGAAGAGGACUUGGAUUUGGAGCAACCGCUUUGCUAUUCCCCAGAGAAAAUGUUGAAUGAACUGCUCGAUUUGAAGUCGCAGUUUUGCGCCCUGACCAACAAGGUCAAUGAAUUGGCUGCUGCCCUUCUGAAACAGGACUCCCAGAGGUUGAUGGAUAUGAUGAAGGACCUAUCGGAAACCGUGAGGGAUAUAAAGCUCUAUAUGGCUAGCAACAGGGAGGCCACUAACUCCAUGCAGAUUCGCCUCAAUGAUUGCGUGAAUAAUAUACAGACCCUCAAGAAAUCCGUUUCCCACUUGGACGAGGUCAAGAUCGACAAGACGGAGGUUGAACUUCUUCUGGCCGAGAAAGUGGACUUCCAGCAACUGGCCACCAAAGUGUCGCUGGAACAACUCGAGGAGUACAAGGCCAGAUUGGAGAAGAUGUUCUGCGAGGUGCGACAUAUUAUCAGUUUGAAUGAGAAGAACGUCCUGCAGAUCAUCGAUAAUCUGCGAAUGACUUUGGGCGUAGAUGCCUUGGAGUUGAGCUUGAAGGACUUCCGGGAUGUGAUUGAGAGGCGGGUGCAGUUGAUUGCCGAGGCACUGCAGAAGUACAUGGAGAUGACCAAUGAUGAUUGUGCAGCAGCCGCGGGAAGGGUAAAGGUCAUGCAGGAUCUUGCCUGUUUGGCCUGUGACACCACUUGUGUAAUGAGAACCAUGGAGCGAUCAAAGGUGCCCUCGCUGCCGAAUGCCAAGGGUUCCACUGGCCUGGGUCCCAUUGUCACCUAUGAACUGGGACAGAUCCGCAAGUCGGGCAUUAUGGGCUACUACCGGAAGGACGAGUUCCCGCACUCGACAAGUGCCUGGACCAAAGGAGCCGGAGUUCCCAUGGUCAAGUGCACCCCAAGGCAUGCCGGUGGAAGCCACACCAUCCACACCGCAGAUGAGCACAUGCAGAAGGUGGUUCUGUCCAAGAAAAACACUGGAUGGACAUAGAACCGGACAUAUACAAAUAUAUUUAAAAACUACACAGUAAUUUUAACAUUGUUGACUAUUGUAACUGGACAAAAUUAAAAAGAUUGCGGUGUCUUAAA